AAACUCACCGGCCAACGGGCCGGGUAAAAAGCUAGUAUUCAUAGAUGUAUGAGCAUUAUGAAAUGAAGGUUACCAUUAGUUACAUAUUGCGAAAUGCCAAACCUACUAUGGCACAUAAAAAAUUUGAAAUCACUUUAGCAGCUAAAGUUUAGCUAUAAUGACUUUCAAGAAGCUCCUUCUUUACUUUAAUCCAUCAGCCGGGUCCUAGCUACCUUCUGUAACCAAGAAGCCUUCUCUUGUUGACAAUCCUGAUGCUGUGGGAACCGCGUGUGAAUUGCAAGUUUGCUCACUGACCUUUAAUCACCUGAAUUAUUUUUUCUUUAAUUUAGCCACUAAUAAUACACGUUCAUGUCAUUUUUGGUCACUCUCUGUCUAGAUCUGUUAAAUAUGUCCUAGAUGGCAGUUAACAUUUAUGUUUGACUGUCAAAAUGAUGACAUGGCUACCACGUAGAUGCCAUGUCAUUGAUACAACAGAAUUUUUAAUCAAAUUGAAAUCUAAAAGAAAUCCCUUGAUCUUCUCUUCCCUCCUCGUUUCUUCGCCCCUAGCACCCCCAACCGUCGCUUCACUAACCCCUAAGGCCACUGCAAAUGGACGAAAGUUUUGGCAUUGCUGCAAUUCAGUAGAAGCAAUCGGCUGUGGAUAAGGUUAUGCACCCUAGCGUAACUAAAUCUGGACCUUCCUUUUUAAGCGAGCCCAGAAAAUUCAGAUCUAAGGGUUGAGAAUUAAAGACAUUUUAUUUUUCAUAGUUUUUUAAUAGACUCUUCUCUUCUUCGUUCUAACUCGAAUUUCAAACUUUUUUGGACAAAUGGAACGAGUUUGUUGUACUCUACAAAAUUAGAUCCAUUUUCAAUAUUUUUUGAAGAAAAAAAUUGCAUACCUCUCGUUACCAACCCUAUAACAUAUGAUAUCUCCUUUAUUUUUAAGUCAUUUUUGAAAAAUUUUGCACAUAAGAAACGAAUUCAUCAUGAUUUAUUGGAUCUAAAAAUUACUAUGUGAAAAAAAUACAGUGUUGAAAGUCGUAUGGAGGGAGGUAUCUUGUGGUACACAAUGUUGAAAGUCGUAACUGACACUUAGUAUACUCCUACUAUCAUGUAUUCAAUCAUCUUACAGUCUUCGUAUGUUCAUAGACUGGUAGAAAAUGCCUCAAAAAAAAAAAAUUUCAAAAAUAUAUCAAAUUGGAUAUCAUUUUGAAAUGCACAAUUAAUCUAAUUUAUCUUUGGAUUUUUUUUGAAUUCUGACUUAAAACUAAAGAAAAAUCGCCCGUUAAAUAUUAUUAAGAAAAAUAUUAAAAGUUUUCCAUAAGAGAGAGGCUGAUGUGACGAAUUUGUGGUUGGGUUAUGCAUGAUUAUUGACACCUCAUCCGCUUCCGAAUCAGUCGUUAUCUAAGGAGUUACCGUUGCCUCAGCUGCCAGUCUGCCCCUCAAUCCCUUCUCCCCCAUCGCACCCAGAAUCGCCGCCUCCUUCCUCCCCAUCGACUGAAUACGAAUUCAUCAGUCGUCGUAUCUCUUGCCGAUAGAGAGAGGAGGAAAGCCACACAAACAAACCCAAAGUCUCCUCUUCUCAGUCCCUUAUCUUCCAGUCACCAAUAAAUAUCACCCAAACACUCUACUGCACAAUUCAAUUAAUAGCCUAUAGCCAUGACGUCUUCCUCCACCACCAAGUUCAUUAUCUCUCCCUCUUUCUUCUCCGGCAUCGCCAAUUUCACAUCCAUCGACUCCCCCCGCACUCGUUGCCUCUAUACUUCUUCCCCAACUCCUCCCCCUCAUCCUCUGUCAUCUGAAUCAAUAUCUUCGACUUCCGCCUCCGCCACCUCUGCCACUCUCUCCCCGUUGCCAACUACAUCAAGACGACUUCCUCUCCGUCCUCCACAGUGGCAUUGGCUACGAGAAACUGGGGGACGCCAGAUUGGACCUCCUUCGUGAAUUGGGGAAUGUGGACUGCUCGUAUGACCUCUUGCCAGAGAAUCUAUGUCGGAAAAUCUUGUCCUGCGAUGCCCUGAUCAUGCGGAACAGGACCAAGGUGACGCAAAAGGUGUUGGAAGCGGCGAAGGGAGGCUGACAAUGUAAACGGUCCGGCGCCAGACCGUGGCCUCAUCCCUUCCACUAAGCUCAUAAAUUCCACUCCCUCAUUUGCAUCGGGGGAGGACGGCAAAAGGGAGCGAGAGACGAUGCCGAUGAAUUGGGAUUCGGGGGAAGCAGAUCGGAUUUGUCAGCAUUGUCUCACUCGCCGGUUCCGAACUCGCGACACCGUGGACGUUUCAGGGGAAAACGAAGGUCGAUGAAAUAUAGCGACCUUCAGCUCCUCUGAAUCCGACAAAUCGCCGAUGUUUAGAGAAGGAUGGGAGAGAGAAUAAGACGCGGUAGUGGAUCUAAGUUUUUUUAUUUAAUUUUAUUCAUUUUAGUUGAAAAUAAAAAUUAUAUAUCAGAUGUCACAUCACCAUUUUAACGGUUAAACAUAAUUGUUGACCGUCACCUAAGACAUAUCUAACGGAUUUAGACGGAGAGUGACCAAAGAUAACAUAAACGUGUAGUAUCGGUGGCUAAAUUGAAGGGAAAACAAUUCGAGUGGCUAACAUGUUACAAAUAGAUAAAAUGAGUGAUUAAAUUUUCAAUUCACCCUGAGAAUCACAAAAAAUUUUGCGUGUCGAAGAAUAAUAAGUUUGUCAAUUGCUAGAUUAGACAAAGUUGCGAGAUGAAGUUUAGUGUAAGCUACAAGAAAAUAACAUGCUAGCAAACAUGGGUUCAAUUCUAUGUAGUUAAGUAAAUUAUGAAUACAAUAUGAAAAUUUAAAUUGGGUUAAUACCUUAUUUGGUCCGAAGUUUAGAAUAAGUGACAGUUCUGACCCCAUUUUUCAAAUAAGACAUUUACGGUCUAUUUUUUAAAUUAUUGAACAGAUUUGACCUGACUCAACAAAAAACGGUUGAUGUAGCUUAUGUAGGGUGCCAUGUUGUCAAAAAAAAAAAAAAAGGGUGCCAUGUCAUUAAAAAUAAUUUUUUAAUUCAAUUAUAAUAAAAAUUAAAUAGAACACAAAAUCCCCAAACCUCCAACCCUCAUCUCUUCCUCCCGUCGCCUCCUUCCCACUGAUUCUUCUCCUUCUUCCUCUCCUCUGGCAUAAGCAACCAUAAGCCGAACCAUCCCAUCGUCAGAAAUGAAGAGACUCUGAAGUCUGAAGCAACUGCCUCCACCGCCACUACAAAAUCGAGGCUCUGAAGCACCCUUCUUCGUCUCCACCGGCGAAGCAACCAGAGCAAGAACCAGUACUACCAUGGCGGAUCAUAUGCAGUCUCUCUCAAGGACUUGUACAGAGACUGCGUUGAUUCGUUGAAGAGAGGGAAUCUCGAGAAAAAAAGCUCGUCGGGGGAAUCGUGAGUCACCACCAGAUCUGGAUCUUGCAAAAAAAGUUCAACCCAACAGAUCUCAUAAAGCGAAGGGUAAAAGCAAAAGGAUUUUGUAGAACUACGAUCCCAAUUGCAAGAUGAAGGGUGGAAACCCCAUAGUCGUACCUCUUGGAUAGCAAACUUGUGGACGAUGCCAUCAUUGCUGGUCAUGAACAGUGACAUUGUGGGUUAGAACGGUUGUCGGGGUGGUAGGGGAGGAUUAACCGUUUACUCGAACUGGAGCUUAGAGCUCCAAUUUUGUUCUGGGCCGAGCACAUUUUAGCCUCCGGGUGCUGGUAGCGGAGGGACUAGAAAUGGAUGAGAAGGAUGGAGAUUAGAGAUGCGUGGAUUUAGGCCGAAACAGAGAGGAGGAAGUGGAGCUACGAUAAUAUCCAUCCUUUAAUUUAUUAUUUUUUUAAUAUUUUAUUUUUUAUUUUAAUUAAAUUAAAAAAAUAAA